CGGGUGUGAUGCGGUCUGAUUGGCGGCUACUCUCGCUAAACUUUGUUCGCGGCGGAUUUAUUGAGUUUAUAGUUUUAUUUUUAUUUUAUUCCGCGUUUCCACUGCGCUGCUCCGCUUUGCUGCACGGCACAGUGUAACAGCGCCUCGGUGUCGGUGGGAAUCUGGCUUAAACGCGCUUCUGUCUCGGUUCUGAACUCUGUUAGCCGAUGUUAGCCGUUAGCGCCGCGGCUCGGUAGCUGUGCGGUGUCGGUCGGUGGGGGAUGUUGGGGGGAAGCGAGACGGCUCUGGGGGCGAUGAGCUCCGGGAUCGGGCUCCCCGACGGCGGCAGGUUCGACCCCAGGCCCCCCGAAACUCAGGUGACUCUGAGCGGGUCUGAGGCGGACUCUGAGUCCGGGGAGGAGGAGGACGCGGCGUGUUCGGGCGGGGAGAGGAGGGGCGUGAAGCGGGAGAGAGCCGAGCCGGAGGCCGGAGCAGCGGCAGCGGGGUUCGGAGCUGCGGGCGGAGUGGCGGGAGCGAAACCGGGGAAGAAGACCCGCGGACGGGUCAAAAUCAAGAUGGAGUUUAUCGACAACAAAUUGAGACGGUACACAACUUUCAGCAAAAGGAAAACCGGCAUCAUGAAGAAGGCGUAUGAACUGUCCACUCUGACCGGUACGCAGGUGUUGUUGUUGGUGGCCAGCGAGACGGGUCACGUUUACACGUUCGCGACGCGGAAGCUGCAGCCAAUGAUCACCAGCGAGACGGGAAAAGCGCUGAUCCAGACCUGCCUCAACUCUCCGGACUCGCCCCCCCGGGCCGACUCGUCCUCUGAUCAGCGCAUGAGCGCCACCGGUUUCGAGGAAACUGAUCUGACCUACCAGGUGUCCGAGGCAGACGGCGCGUCGGAGCCAAAGGACCUGAUGAAGACGCCCUUCACCGCAGCGAGUGCGUCCACUUGUAGCACCAGCACUACCAGCCAGUCCUCGCCCACCCAGUCCCCCUCAUCUUCAGCUGGCCCGCCACUCUCCAGCACCUCCUGUUGGCCAGCGGCAACAAGCAUGAGCUCCCAGAGUGCGUCUAACGCUAACGGCACGGUGCUGAAGGCAGGGGGCGCUGCGGCCGGCGUGGUGCAGUUACCCGGGGGGUUCACUCUGAUGUCCGGUGGUUCAGUGUCUCAGCAGCUUCAGACCAUCCACGUCCACACCAGCCCCCAGAGCAGUGAGAGCAGCCCUGAGAUUACCCAGAAUUCCUCCAGCCCCACCGUGAGUCAGGCUGCUGUUGUAACGUCUGUGCCUUCCUCGUUGGCGAGUCAUGUGAUGUACCCCGGUGCGGUGAUGUAUGCCACGCCCACCUCGACGCUGCCGGACGGAGGCCUCGCUGUGCUGAACCCGUUCACCUCCUCCACCGCAGCCAUGCAUGUGACGCACAGUCAGCCGCAGGAGUCCGGCGCAGUUCCUCAGAUGUUCCUCACAGGUCCUCCUGGAACUGUGCAGAUUCCCGUCUCCGCUGUUCCUCUGCACUCGAUGCUGAUAAAUCAGCCGCCCGCCGGCAGCAGCACCACUCUGACUGAGCUCCGAGUUGUCAAUCUGGACAAUCCGAAAGGAGACUGAACUCUGAACGGCAGAUGGAUCUGACCACGCGUUCACACGGCCACGCCAUCAGACUCAUAUUCAUCACUGCGUCUCUGCUGUAUUGGGAAUUUCAAGAACGUUAGCGUGUGAUGGUGUGAAGCAGGGCAGACGAGUGCUGCGUCUCCGUAUUGAUCACAGGAACCUGCAGUUAUGGAUGUUAUUCCGCUUUUUUCCCAUUCAUGAUGACCUGAGCUUCCCUGCUUGCACUGCUGGUGCUGUUGGUUCACACACAGACACACACGUGUGGUUGCGGGAGUGUGCGAUUUUGCAGAUGUUUGAAUGCUUAUAAAUAGUUGAAUAUUAAGAUACUUUUGUAAUGUUCUGUCUUUAAAUUCCUUCUGAUGAAACGUAACAUUUUAAUAAGAGCUCAUGUUUGAGUCGGGACGAGCAGUGAACUGAAUCACCGUCAGUCUGUUGCUCCGCACUUUGUGUCAGCUGCAGGAAACAUGCUGAUUGUGACCUGUUGGUCUGUUAAAUGGAUCGACAUUAAGAAGUGACCUCCUGUUGUGCUGGACAUUCGUACAGUUUUUAUGACCCGCAGCAUUGAGGCUUCAUUCUGUUCAGUUCAAAUUUGUGCCAAACUUCAGCGUGUUUUAAAUUCUCAGAUUGAAGCUGCCUGUGUUUGGAUACUUUAAGUGCUUGAAUGAUUUGAACCAUCAGAAUAUUAAGCUGCUUUUCCACCAUAUAGUAUAGCUUGGCACGGUUCAGCUUGGCUCGGCUCACUUUUGGUACCAGCUACUUCAUUUUCCGCUGCAGAUAUAGUGCCCCCUCAAUGUAGUGACACUAAGUGAAGCUGCCGUAAUGUGAAGGAGACAAAUUCUGUUCAGAAGAGGCAGCGAGACAAAAGACUGUUGGGGAAAAAAAUAGAGUUUGGUAAAAACUACAUCAGAGCUCAGAUGACGAGAUAAUACUGGUGCUUGAAGGCGACGCAAGAGGCUACGCUGAUCUUAGCAUAUGUGUUUAGUGAUUUUCUCCAGUCAGCAGUCUGCAGCGUUUUUACGUCACCACCUGUUAUCAACUCAGCUCACUUGGAACCAGAGAUGAUGCCAAAAAGUAGACCUAGGUACCAGAUUUGCCUGGAGAACAAAAAAAGUGGAGCUGGUUCCGUGCGGUGGAAAAGCAGCUUUAGAGUGUUUGUGCAUUUCUGUGUUUCUGACUUUGGUUCCGAUGCAAAACUGAACGCAGGACGUCUCAGAACGUCAGUCCGCUGCUGAGCGAAGUGAAGCAAGCGCAUCGGUGGUUCUUAUCGGGUUUCAGAGCGUUUAUUUUCAUGUCAUCCUAUAGCCGUGAUAAAUACUGUCCAUCACUCAGCAGGGCUUCAUAAUAACCCCGUCAUGCGGCUGCAGCUGGUACUGAACUCAGAACAAAAAGCGCAGCUGCAUCUGAUCAGACUGUUCAGUGUGCACCAAUCAUUUAGAUACGCACUGUUUGUGAAUACAGGGACCUUCGUUAUUAACAAAUACCAUAAAUGUCAUUCAUGUAACGGAUGAUCUUCAGUAGGUUUCUGUGCCGAUUUGCAGAGCGAUCUUCAGUUUUUGUUCAUUGGUGGUAGAUAUUAAAGGGCUUUAUUUUACUCUCUCAAUACCUCAGACUGACCAUCUCAGCUUUACUGAAUACUGUAAUUAGAAAAUUUCGUUGUUCCUGAAAGACAGUGUAUAAACAUUAGCUUUGUGCCUUCAUUAAUUUUUUUAUUAAUAUAGAGCUUUUGAAACUGGGCUGUAAUUUCACCUCUGAAUGAUUAUUAAUAUCAAUAAUGUGUCUUAAAAGAUGCACUUUUUCCAUUUGUUGGCUUUUAGAAAGUCCUGGAAAAAUAUUUUUGUGCAUUGGAGCCACAUUUCACACUGAAGCACAUAAAACCUUUUAAAAUUUAAAAUGUAUUACGGAAAUUUCAAUGAAGUUUACAGUGCAGUAAUUUAUGAGCUAUAAAAAUGUCUCAUAUGAAGCUGGUAUCUGUGUUUAUUAAUUAAUGUGUCGAUAUUAUUGAGACACUGUCCACCAUAAAAUCAUAAAAAUGAAUGAGCCAAAAUAUUUAAGUAAUCCUUUAAUCUACGUUCUGGCAGAAUCGUUGAUGUUUAUUUGAACUAUUAAAGAAACUGAAAAAUUCAAAGCUGAGCAGCGAAAGUGUCUGAAGAGGCCAAUAAUGGACUGAUGUGUUUUUCCACGACAGAUGGAAGUUUAUUUUUUUCUGCCAGCUGAUGAAAGUGAAGCAUCAGUGAUGUUCAUAAGAAUCAGAGGAGCCCAGCAGAUCUUCAGGAACGUUCUGCUCAUCUUCCUCUGAUUCUGCAGGAAUGUGAAAAUCGGCCGAUCUUAGCGUUUAAUCUGCUAACUGAGGAUUCGGACUCGAGCCUUCAGUGAAGUCAAGGUCACACCUGAGCGAAGAAGAUUCAGCCUCACCUUUGUGUGUUAAUUAACUGAAAUGAUGUCUUUUCAGUGGUUUAAAUUUCAUGGUAGAUUUUGUCAGUCAUGAGCAACACAAGUCAGAAUCAUAGAUUUUUAUUUUAAUGCUCUGAGAACCUUCGUAAGACCACACCUACACUCUUAAAAAGAUGGUUCUUCAAGGGUUCUAUAGUAAAGACAAUGGUUCUGUAUAAACCCUUGAACACACAAAGAACCUUUGCAUGAUAAAAUGGUUCUGCAGAUUGAUGGAGAAUGCGCUGUAGAUGGUUUGAUGUAGAACCUUUUUGAAAAGGGUUCUGUAUAGCACCAUUGUUAUGUGGUGUUGGCACCUUUUAUUGUUAUGUCAAGCUUGACACAACAGAAGAACUCUUUGGUUCUAUGUAGAAUCAUUGUCUUUACUAGAGAACUCUUGAAGAACCCUCUUUUUUGUGUAUGUGCUUUUUUAAGUCUCUAACAGAGGAUGAUGAAAAUACAAGACUGAAGUUUGACACACUGUCUGCUGGACACGAUGACAUCAUUUCCUGAAAGUGUUCAGUAAAUCUGAGGUGGUCAGAAGGUUCUAGUGAUUUCAGUACAGAACAGUGGAUUCAACCCCAGCGUAAAGAUUAAUAUCACUGAUCAGGUUUGUGUUCUGUAAGUACUGUUUGUUAAUUUUUACAGGUUUCGCUUUGUGACUCUUCAGUUGUGUUGUAUCUUCUCUUUGCUCCGUGUGGACGUUGAGCUGUUUUCAUUCAACAGCAUUUCCAAAGUUCAGUCACUGCAAGUGAUGAAAACCAGUUAAUUGAUGAAUCGUAAUGACGUAAAGUGGAAAAUGCAGAAUGAGAAAAAACGGUGAUGCAGAAACGUCUAACGCGAGUCUGACGAGACGGAAUCUGAGAGAUAAUCUGAACUAGUUUAGCUAUGAAACUACACGACUCUCAGCCGUCAGAGGAUCAUAAUCGUAUAUUAAAUAAGUAAAUUGUUUCAACAUUGCAGAAAGUUUCCUGCGUGAGGGGUGAGGGGUGUCUGUGUUUGUACUUCUUUAUGUUUCUGUACUCGUCUUUACGCACACUUUAUCAGCGGUAUGAAGAGUGUGUGUGUGUGUGUGUGUGUGUGUGUGUGUGUGUGUGUGUGUGUAAACCCUAAAACGGCUGAAAGUAAUUUGGUUUAAACAGUUUCAUUUUUCAUUAUUCAGAUCUGACAAUCAGACGCGGCUCCAUGUGGCUGUGUUUUAAAUUAAGAUUAUAAUUUUUUUAAGGAGUCUGUUUUUUUAGAGCUUUUGUUCAAUCCGAGUUUGUAGUGAUGCACCAGCUCCGCUGUGCCAGGAACCACGUUUAUCUUAUUAAACACUGGCAGAUUAAUCAGGCGUCUCAUUUUUAUCAUUAGAGUUUUUAAAAAUUUGUGCACUUUUUUUAGAAUGAAUGGUCUUCAUUAAUUUCUAGAAAAGAUUAGCCGAGUACUCAUAGUUUGGUUGAUAUCAUGGCUGGGAUGAUGAUGAUGAUGGGGUGGGAUGGUUCAUGUUCGUACACACUGGCUAAGAUUUCCCAAAUUUUCAGUAAAAGAAAAUUAUCUUGUUUUUGAUUUUUAAAAACAACGUGAAAGAUUAUAUAACAACCUUGUAACUCAAAUGGUUUUGUAAUAAAAAUCAUUUUGUAUAUUUCCAAGGUCAUUUUUAUUAAAUGUUUUGAUGAAGUCUAA